AUGACAUCAUCGAGUGAUUCUGAAGAUGAGCGGUAAGUGUGACUCUUUUGAAAUUUCCAGAAGUCGUUCCUUACUUCAGACAUCUUCCGUAUGCGUAUCGCUCUCGGAAACGACGCGAUUCUUCAUAUUCUUCGUCGGAAACGCACUCGGAUUCUUCGGAAGAUGAGCGCAAACGUCAGAGGAGAAGACGCGAAGGAAAGGAUAAAAAACUGAAAAAACGGAAGAGGAGAGACAAGCCGAUGUGGAAAGAGGAGGGAGAAAUAUCGGAUGAUCGGUGAGAGAACUAUUUCCGAAACUAACUGAAGGUGAAUUAGCAGAGAGAGCAUUAACAAUUCGGAGUCGUUCAGCGAUCGGAGCAGAAGCAGAAGCCGUGAUCGGAGAAGGAAACGAAGAAGUGAAUGGAGGAGAGGAGAGCGACGGACGGGCAGACGGACGGAGGAGACGGCAGACGCGAUCAGGUGCAAGGAGUGCGGAUGUAGGCAUUAUAGUGUCAAGGCGAGCACUUUUCUGUUCAGAUCGUGUCCAUCUUCGAGAUUUUCAGGCACUUAUUCACCACGAAAUGAGCGAGCACGACUUGAAUGCGCAGUGCCAUCUGUGCUUGCAAAAGUUCGAAACGCGGAAGAAGAUCAGAGAACAUUACGAGCUGGAGCAUACUCAAGAAGUGGUACGGAACAAUCUUCCUCUCCUCCCGCUUCCAUGCUUGUACUUGCAGGUGAAGUGCAUAUUCUGCAAAAGUUCGUUCGAUCAGCCGCUUGAAAUGAACGAGGGACGGUGGGACGACUACUUCUCGCACAUCUACGGAGUCAGUUUCCUUCUCUCGUGUUUCAACAUUAUUAUUGUUUCUAGGAGAUCUUCUACUCCCGUCUGGCUGAAACCGAGCAACAAUGA